AAACCUCGCUUACCUAGGGUUCAUGGUACAAUCCUUUUGCUGCUGCAAUCGUCUGAGGCUUCAGUGUGAUUUUUCUCCGUUUUCCCCUCUUCUUCCAGCAGCCAUGAUUAUUUCAGAGAAGAACCGUAGAGAGAUCUCCAAAUACCUCUUCCAAGAGGGAGUUUGCUAUGCGAAGAAGGACUAUAACUUGGCGAAGCAUCCAUUAAUCGAUGUGCCGAACCUACAGGUGAUUAAGCUGAUGCAGAGCUUCAAAUCUAAGGAGUACGUUCGCGAGACAUUCGCUUGGAUGCACUACUACUGGUACCUUACAAAUGAUGGUAUUGAGUUCCUCAGGACUUACCUUAACCUUCCUUCUGAAAUUGUGCCUGCUACUUUGAAAAAAUCUGCUAAGCCUCUUGGUCGUCCCAUGGGUGGACCUCCUGGCGAUCGUCCCCGUGGACCACCAAGGUUCGAGGGUGAUAGGCCAAGGUUCGGCGACAGGGAAGGGUAUCGUGCUGGACCAAGAGGUCCACCUGGUGAGUUUGGAGGUGAAAAAGGUGGAGCUCCAGCUGACUAUCAGCCUGCUUUCAGGGGUUCUGGUGGAAGACCUGGAUUUGGUCGUGGAUCUGGAGGUUUUGGUGGUGCACCCCCUAGUUCAAGCUUCUCUUAAAUCCUUGCUAUCUUAGGCUAGGUGGUGGUUGCAAUUUUGAUUAUCAGAUGUUGGAAACACUUGGUUGUUCAUUUUCUUGUCAAACUUAAAAUUCCAAGCUGGGCAAGUUUAUCUUUAUGGAUCUUUAGAGAAUUAUAAGUUUUUACUUCUGUUUCUUGACCGUUUUUGAUUUUGUGUUAUUGAGAUAUACUUGCAAUUCGUGUUAUUUGAAAUUGAAAA